AUGAAGGCCGUUUCGGUCACUCUCGUUUCUCUUUUCGCCGUGGCCCAGGCCACUGGCUCGUGGUGGGUCACGGACAAGUGCUACUCCAAUCCCGAGAACACCGACAACGAGUGCACUGAUCAUCAGAAAGGUGGUUGGGACUGGUCUGACCUUACUCCCGGAUCUUUCUCCUCAUAUGGAGGCUUCGAUUUCUCUGGUUUUAAGUGCAGUGAGGGCUCCACCGGCUGGGGAAAGCGUACCUUCGGUGGCGGCAAAUCCAUUGAGGGAAAGCUCUCCUCUGCCCCCAAGUUCUCCUGCGGCCAAGAGAAAAAGGGGUUCUCCAUUAGCAAGCUGCAUCUCUCCACCUCCAAGGAGACCGACGUGCACAUCGUCUAUGGCAUGCCCGAUGGUUCCACCUGCCGUAACGUUGCUUCUUGCUCGCCCGAGGGCACCCAGGGAUCGGAGGAUGAUGACUGUGACAUCGGUGUCCACAGCAUUGACUUUGACUGCUCUCCUGGCAAGACCACCUCGACUCCCACCGCUGGUGUGCCAACCGAGACUGGUGUCAGCCCCGAAUCGUCCUCCACUCCUGUUGACUCCGAGUCGUCCACUCCUGUCAUUCCCACUCCUGUUCCUUCCUCAUCUGAUGUAGUCCCCACGUCGUCUUCUGCAGGCAUCACGACGCCCGCCCCUGUCACCACUCCUGUCCAGUGGACCACCUCGACCGUGUACACUACUAGUGAGAUCACCAUCACCAGCUGCGCUCCUACGGUGACCGAUUGCCCCGCCAACUCAAUCAGUGUCAUUACCUCAACCAUUGCAGUUUCGACCACUGUGUGCCCCGUUACUGCCACCGAGACUGCCUCUGUCUCUCUGCCUUCUUCUGUCGAUGCGGGUUCGAGCUCUGGAAGCCCAACCCCCGACGUCACUCCUUCUGAGACUGCUACUGAGACUGCUCCGUCCGAGACCGACUCCGAGACUCCUUCCGAGACUGCUACUGAGACUGCUCCUUCCGAGACCGACUCCGAGACUCCUUCCGAGACCGCUACUGAGACUGCUCCAUCCGAGACCGACUCCGAGACUCCUUCCGAGACUGCUCCCUCUGAGACCUCUCCUGAAAGCACCCCUACUGGCAGCUCUCCCGUCGAGUCCAGCUCCUCGACCCCGGCCAUCACUUCACCUGCGACUCCUGCUCCUUCCAGCACUGCCCCUGGCAUCACUGGGGAUGUCACCACGACUGUUGUAACAUACGAGACCGUGACCACCUGCCCUGUGACAGAAACCAUCUCGACCAGCGGCACCGUCACUACCUCCACUUACAACACUGUCUCUACCGUCACCCUGACUUCCACUUCGACCAUCUGCACUGCUUGCGAGGCCAGCACCACUCCCGCCCCCUCGUCUGUCGCCCCUGUGACCACUGGCCCUGCCCCUGAGGACUUGACCACUACCGUGGUGACGUACGAGACCGUGACCACCUGCCCUGUGACUGAAACCAUCUCGACCAGCGGCACCGUCACCACCUCCACUUACAGCACUGUCUCGACCGUCACUCUGACCUCAACCGCCACCAUCUGCACUCGCUGCACUGCGGGAAGCACUACCCUUCCCUCGGGCCAGUCCCCGUCACCGCCAGCGAGACCAUGUAUCAACACCUGGCUCAGCCUGCUCCCCAAGUGCGACUCCAACAGUGACGCCAGCUGCUUCUGCCCCUCCUCCGAGUUCACUGACAAGGUCAUCGCCUGUGUGCAGUCCUGGGGAGCCUCGCAGGCGGAGGUCCAGGCCGCUCUGUCCUACUUCACCGGUAUCUGCGCUGCCUACGUGCCCCAGAACCCCGGCAUCGUGACCGCCAUCCCGACCACCAUCACCCUGGUCCCCACCGUCACCCCACCGGCGUUGACGCAGUCACCGCUCCUACUGGUGGUGCCACUGCCACUGCCACUGCCACUGCCACGCCGACCGGUGGUCGCUUUCUCAACUGCCUCCGCUGGCUCGACCACUACCGUCGGCCUGAUCCCCGGCCCGGCCCCCACCUCCGCAGGCACCACAAGCCGCAUUCCCAACCCCUGGCUGUCCUCCUCGACACUGGUGACUCACCCAGGCACCGCGUCGGCUACUGCCUCUCCGACCGCCGGUCCCAUCCUGUCCAACGAUGCCUCCUCGGGCUCUGUCUCGAGCAUGGUCUGGGCUGUCGCUGUCGCGGCCCUCUUUGGCGCUCUUUACUAA